UCCUAGUUAACCUGCUAGCGUCAAGAUCCUUCAAGAUGAGCUACAUCGCCCGCCGCGGUCUUUCGACCCUCAUCCCUCCCAAGAUCGCUUCCCCCAACGCGAUCGGUGCCGCCAAGGAUGCUGCCCGCAUGGACCGUGUCGUGAACUUCUACGCCAGACUUCCUCGCGGUCCCGCCCCUGAGGUCAAGCCCACUGGCCUCAUUGGACGUUACCAGGCUCGUUAUUUCACCGGAAAGAACCAGUCUGCUACUCCCUUCAUCCACGCCAUUGCCGGUAUCCUCCUCCUCGGCUACAGCAUGGAGUACUACUUCCACCUCCGCCACCACAAGAACCACCCCCACUAAGCGAUUGGUGUUUGGUUAAUCUGAUGGGCGAGGAUUUGUGUAUAUACCACACCCUCUACAAUGAAGACAAUAAACUUAGCACUACCAAGUAAUCUUCUGCAUUAAUCCUUUCGGUGUAUCGUCUGUCAUUGAGCCUCGGUUGUGGGCAGCUUAGAUUGCUUGUGUCGAUAGACAAAGAUAACUUGGACAGAUAGCAAUUGGCGCUGUAGCACAGACUGCGUGGAACAAUUUUCAAAUUACAUGUCAGACACGACGACUCAAAUAGAGAGAGACCUUGCUUUGCUCUUACUUUCAAGAUCGCUAGCUGAUUAGUC